GAUCGGGAUCGAACGACGAUAAUGCCAUCAUCGUCGUCGUCGUUGCGCCUUUGAUUCCCUCGGUAGUCGGCAGACGUCAGCGCGGAGCGAACAGUGUCGAAAUUUCCUGUCGCGUGACCGCAGGAUCCGCUUCGUCUUAUGGCGCGUCUCGUCGUAUCGCGCAAGAGGCACGCGUAGUACGUACGUUUGCACGGGUCGGGAAAGAAAGAAAAAGAAAACAAAACAGAUAAAGGUAUAUUUGCGUUUUUAUCGCGACUCGCGCAGUGUCCCCCGGCGCGGCGAGCCAGUGCGCGUGCGCGGUGGGCGACAUGUUGAAGAAUCGGCGCGAUCGGAGCGCGACACGGCAUUACCGCGUUCCGAAUUAACGCGUACACCAGCCAACGGGUGUUGCAGAUUACGCGGACUUUUCGCGAUCUUUUCCUCGUCUCCGCUUUAUCUCCUUUCCCUUUUUCCCUCUCUCUUCCUCUCUCUCUCUCUCUCGUUUGCUUGUUCGCUCGUGAGAAGAACGGCCGCGCUUCCACGAUUCCACCACUCCAGAAGCGAUUUCGCAUCGUCCUUCGGCAGCCGCGUGGCGUCACCGACGACGACGACGCCAGUCGUCAACGUAUCUGUCGACAGUGUCGUAGGAACGGCGGAAGAUAACCGACAGCGGCUGCGCGAGGUCGCUCGCGCGUGUCCGCGUCGCGCAGCAUUCCCGCGAAAAGAGAGACCGCGCGUUCCUCUCCCUGGGGAAGAGCGUAUCGACAGGUGGUUGCUUGGUUUCCUCUCUCGGUCACCCGUACGAGGAAGGAUCGGUGUUGUGAUCGGAGCGUGCACAUAUUGCCGAGGAAUACCACGCGAGUGUGCGAAUGACUCCUUUCUUAUCUGCGCGUCGCAUUCUUCGCAGCAAUUCUUCGUCGUCGGUAGUCCACCAGCAGCGACUCAUCGACGACCGGACGACGUCGUCCUCGUGAAUGGGAACGUCAUGCCAUCGCGGCUCCGGGGCUGAUGGUGCAGCUCGGUGUUGACGAAGUGACCGACGCGCGAGCGAUGAUUCGCGCGAAGUAAUCUCGGACAUGAUUGGCCAUGAUGCCUCAACUUCCAACCUGGAGGAGCAGGGAUUUGAUUUUGGAGAUUCCUUCUCUUAAAUGGGUUGCCAUCACCUCGGCUGCCGAGCUUCAUCCGUUCUGAGUAUUGGGGAAUCUGGAAAGGAUAUUAUAGGUCACAGGUGGGAUUAGGAUUAGGACAUGGGUUCUCCGGGAUAUGGCUUAUGGGGAAGUCCAAGAACUCGCGUAGGCAGGGUCGCUAAGUUCCUGAAGUAGGUCUGUUCCACACCGGGAUCAUGCGGGAAUAACUAUCCCCUACCUGUAUAAUAAUACUCGAAAUAUAUAUAAAUAUGCACAUAUUUAAAUUCUUAUAUAUCUUUCUAUUAUCUGUGCAUCUAUUGGAUCAAUUAAUGCAUAAAAGUAGCAUUAAUAAAAAAAAUAAAAAUGAUAUUUUCGUAUAUAUAAUAUUGUCUACCCGAACUUCGUUUGAAAUUAACAUUUAUUGUUUAGGCAGUGCAAUAAAUACGCAGAAUAAUAUGUAUAAAUAAAUAUGUAGGAACGUCAUUUUGCUUGAUAAAUGCCAAAUUUACGAGUGGCGCUCUUGAUACGCCACUGAAAAUACGGCACUAAUGGGCGAUACAUCCUUAAGUGCUUAAUAAUGAUACGAAGGUCUAAAGGUGGACGCAAUGGCAUGUAAAAUAUGUCAAUUAAAUUAUCAUAAGCAUUUCCAAACAUAGAUAAUCUAUUAAAUAGUUUAAAUUUUCCAUACUACUUCUAUGUCUUUAUUACUAUAGAUGAUUGCUCAGAUUUGUGUGCUCUAAAAGAAGACAUAAAUCUGAUCGUAAGCAGAAGUAAAUAAGACUAGUUACUUCUAUCUAUCUUCUUCUCGAGUACACCAAACUAGUAAUAUCCCGUUCUUCGGUUCUCCAGAUUACGUCUUACAUUUACGGUCACGGCAAUGUACGCGGAGAGUCGAUCGGCUUGCUUCUCGCCGCGCGGUGAACUACGUCGUGUCUCGUCUACGGGAGCCGCAACCUGUUCAGUCGAAGGUGAAAGAAUCGUCGUCGCUAGACGUACCCGACCAUAGAGCGAGAGAAACCGCACAGCCUUCGUUUCUCACAACCCCACCUAGCUGCACACUGACGCACGCGUACCAUCUCGCGCUCGUCUCUGGCCGAGCUGUCAAAUUGGCAAGGUGAUGCGCCACUUUUCUCUCUCCCUCUCCUCUCUUUCUCUUUCUCUCUCUCCGCCGCAUACAGUGCACGGGCAUGGUGACAUUGGUACAACAGCAGCAGACGCCGGACGACAGCCACCAGUACCAAAGACAGGAGCAGGAGCGCGCGAACGGCGCCGUAGUGUCGGUUGAGGAUCACGCGGUCGUUUUUCACGGCGAAGAGGAGGAGGUCGCGCGCAAGGCGAAGGAAACCGCGCUCGUCGUUCCGGGCAAUGACAGUGUUGGAGGUUCCUCUACGCAGUGCAGUGACAUAGAUGACGACGACGUCGAGGAUGACGAGGACGAGGAGGAGACGGACGUGGAGGAGGGCGGCUGGGUGGCCAAUCUGCCGGCCGCCAUCGUCCAGCAGCACCAGGCGGUCGCCACCGCGAACGGUGACGUCGUGCUGCCGAACGCCGACCCGUCCAAUUUCGGCGACGUAUGCGUGAAGAACUCGUCGAACGUGCAUCUCGGUAACAAGACCUUCUACAAGGGUCCGGUCACCAUCAAGCAGUUCGUUUACACAAACCCGAUCUCGGUGCAGGACGCGAGCAAGCUCGAGGCCGCCAGCCCUGCCUCCGACGCUAAUGUGUCGGACUUGUCGGCGAAUAAGGUCGACGUUGGCGCCAACAGGCCGAUUCUUCAGAAUAACACCGAGUUGGAUAAAGUGACGCAAUGGCUGUGGACGUGGAGAUGCGCGGCUUUGUUCUGCAUUUUAGCUUUAAUACUGGUGACCGCCGUGGUGGUGUCCUCUCUGUAUCUCACUCGUCGUGCGAGCGCACCGGUUUUCCCGGAAAUUCCGGACUCGUCGGUCAAGGGUGUCACAGUAGACGGCGUGCGUUUUGUCCAGAGGAACGAAUGGGGCGCUCAACCGCCCUCGGAGCAGUUAGGGAAGUUGAAGCAUCCGGUGCCCUACGUGAUCAUCAGUCAUACUGCCACGGAAUUCUGCACGACACAGUCGGAAUGCACGAUGCACGUAAGAUUCGCGCAGACCUUUCACAUUGAGUCGAGGAAGUGGUCGGACAUUGGCUACAACUUUCUGGUCGGCGGCGACGGUCUCGCGUACGUCGGCCGAAGCUGGGACUACGUUGGUGCUCAUGCCUUCGGCUUCAACAGUCGCAGCAUCGGCAUUUCUUUCAUCGGCACCUUCAACUCGAUUAUACCGCCGAAAGUGCAGCUGCACGCUGCGCAGAAGAUCAUCGAGAAAGGCAUUGAACUCGGGAAGAUCGCGCCCGAUUACAAGCUCUUGGGCCACCGGCAAGUCUCAAAGACCCUGAGCCCCGGAGACGCUCUGUACAACAUCCUGAAGACGUGGCCGCAUUGGGCACCCGAACCUUGACGUGAUAGAGCGCGCGAGCUCCCUGCUCCGUGAUAGGUCCAAAUCGCGAAGCGAUUUCCGAACGUGUUUCUCCUCGGAUUUUCUUCGGAUUUAUUUCAGAAUGAUAUGUGAUUUGCUAUAAUGGUUUGUUUGGUAGAAACACGACUCCGGAUGGUGAGUUCCGGAUGGUUCCGAUAAUAGCUGACCGUGGAAAUAGUUUCCCAGUAAGCUUUCCGGACAUCAUAAAGUAACAAAAACAGUAGAUCAAUAUUAUAAUUUCCCAUUCAACAAUGUGAAUGCAACUUUUAACGCAUGUUGUAUAUAACACAGUUAUAUUGUUUAGCAGGAAAUCAAUUGAUUUAAUGUUACUUUUAUUCGGUAUUCCAGACAGCAUAAGAUGUUCCCAAAUCAUCCAGACACUCAUGUGUCCUAGGGUACGUUGAGGAGUGUCCUAGAAAAUUUUUUUGAGAUCAUCCUCGAUGUGUUUGAUGUUACAAUAUCCUACUUAAUAAUGUAACUGUUAUGUGUAAUAUGUCCAUUUACCUUAUUAAGUGGGAAAUUAUAAUGCUGAUGUGAUAAUUACUGUUGCUUGAUGUUUACUGAGCAGAGUUUACGAUUAUUGCCGUAAGAAAAUGUCACGUUUUUCUUUUUUACAAACAUAUCAGAGGCAUUGAAGUUUAUUAAUCGGCAGUAGUUAUUGAGGGAUCAUAAAAGACGACGCAUUGAAUUCCGGCAUAACAAACGCGGCGGAUGCGAAUUAUGUCUUCUUGGUGAAAGCUCCAUCAUGAUAAAUUCCACGUAGAUGACCGAAUAAAUAGGUUUAAAAGGGUCGGGAGCACGGAAAGAUGGAGCAAUCUCUACUUUGGAAUCAUUGUAAGAUGACACAGUUACGACUAUUUGAUUCAAUUUACUGUGAGGAAAAAUAAAAUGGUGCCAAUGUGACAAUUACUAUAUUUUAUAGUAUGCGCGAACCACCGGUCUUGUAAGAAGUACAUAUGUACAAUCUUUGAAAAUUGUAUGAACGUAAUCUUGGGACACUUUGUAUAUACUUUAUGAAAAAAAUGAAACGAAUGUAAUGUUGAUUUACCGAACAUAAAUUUUUUUAAUAAAGAAUGUGCAAUACAUAUGCAUGU